AUGUUAAAUCCGCCGGUGAAAGCCAAUUCGUCGUCUCCUUCGCAGUUCACCAUUAUUCGAUUACCCGAGACUCUUUCGCCACUCUUCCCUCCCCACAUACGGAUCAUCACUCCUGCAGAGAAGAUUGCGAGUGAUCUGGGUUCAACCUUGUCACCGUCAUCCAGUAUAUAUCUUCCCUCCGAUGAGAACUGGACGAAUGAAACGACGCAACGGUGGAAUCAAUGGAACGCGCCGUCAUACGUAGUUUCCGUGAAACCAGCAAUCAAGGAAGAUGUGCAGAAAGUCCUCCAAUACGCCGCACGGAAUAAAGUGCCAUUUCUUGCUACAGGAGGAGGCCACGGCUAUUCGGGCACUUUGGGUGCCCUGAACAAUGGCCUUGAGCUGGACAUGGGCUAUUUCAAGAGCGUCAAGGUGGAUGCGGGAAAGAAUCGCUUGAUAAUUGGUGGCUCAGUGAGAUUUCGAGAGCUCAUAAGUCCUGUCUAUGCUGCAGGCAAGGCAUUCCCUGUCGGAGCCUGCCCUUGUGUAGGCGCGUCAGGAGCCUCCCUUGGCGGCGGUAUCGGGUUCUGGUCCGGCUUCUACGGUGCCAUAUCCGACUCUUUGGUUUCUGUGGAGAUCGUCACUGGCACUGGGACGCUGCUCACUGCGUCCGAGUCUCAGAAUAGCGAUCUUUUCUGGGCUGUCAAGGGCGCGGGCCACAACUUCGGUGUUGUCACUUCUUUCACGUUCAAGGUUUAUGAUUCUCCGAAUGGGGGGCAGGCCAUGAAUGCAGACAUGACGUUCCCUUUGAGCCGAAACGGCUCGCUGUGGGCAUUUGCAAAGUCGUUCGCUGGAAAGCAGCCGAAGGAACUGAGCCUUGGGUUCUCGAUACUUGCCAGUCCUGUCACGCAGGAGUUGGUCAUCGUCGUAAACGCAAUCUACGUCGGCCCUCUCGCACAAGGAAGAGCGCUCAUCAAACCAUUACUAGAUCUCACACCCCAAAACACCAACAUUUCCUACAUCGCCUGGAAAGACGUUCCCUACGCGGCCAAGUACGGUGGGCCCGCUAAAAGCUGUGACACUAGACCGCUAGACGUCCCUCAUGCUGUGAAUCUUUACCAAGUCGAUAUCGAGGGGCUGACUGCUGCUGUGGAGUACCUCAACGAUACGAUUCCAAACACGCCAGCACUGAAAGGGACGGUGUUUGCGCUGACGCAGUAUUCCACGUACGGCUUCCAGCAGCACACCCCUGACUCUUCGGCGUUUCCGUAUCGGGAUGUGAUUAUUUUUGCGCAAAUCGAUGUCACUGCCUCAAAAUCUUCGGAUCUCCCCACCAUCAACUCGUUUACCAAGUCUUUCCGGGAUAGACUACAGAAAAUAAGCGGGAAAGAUCAUCUAGAGGUGUACACCAACUUAGCGCAUGGUGAUGAAGGGGCCGCGGCGUGGUAUUCGAAGAAGAAUGUGCCGAGGUUGAGGAAGCUAAAGAAGACGUAUGAUCCGAGUUCGUUGUUCAAUUUCUAUAAUUCUGUCAAUGUGGAUUGAAGGGGUGGAAUUUAAUGGCUGGGGAUAUGUGGGAGUGUAGUAAGCAUUUUUGAUUUUCGUCUUUGGGUUUCAAUGUCUACAAUUCUGUCAAUAUGGAUUGAAGGUGCGGGAUUCGAUGGGUGGGGGUUCGUUCGAGUUUAGUAAGUGAUUUUCGUCUUCAAGGUUCAAAUUAAUAUAGACAUCACGAUGCAAAGGAAUCGGG